AUGCCAUUAGUUAAAUCAAUUUAUCGUCUUACAAUUCGUCAUUUUUUCAUCUUUUCCUUCGUAAUUAUUACUUGUAGCAUUAUUGGCUUUAAUUUAAAACAAUAUUUUGAAGAAUAUUUCAUUGAUUUCAGUGAAUAUGAUGAUAAAAUUACGAUCUGGAGUAAUGAUUAUCACAUUAGUCCAAUAAAUGAUCUUAAACAUUUAUUAACACCAUUGGGCGUUCGUUUUAUUGAUAAAAGUUUGUCAGGUGCAUGCUAUUUAACAAAAACAUGCGCAAAGAAUCUUCGUAUCAUAUCAUCAGCGAAUGGAAUGAAUCCGACGAAAAUAAUUCGAAGACAAUUUUAUGCAUAUUAUAAAAAUCACCCAUUAAUGAAUCGGGUUGAUGCAUUUGUUUGUUUUCAUCCAGCUGCUAUGUGUGAAUUAUUUAUGCCAUUUAAUCGUACAAUUAUUGUUAUUGCAUCAGCACGCUACGAACUUGGACGGUUUUCAGUUGAGGAAUGGAAUCAAUGGAAUCGAAAUUUACGUACUAUUGCUUCGGAUCCUAGAAAUAUUGUUGCUGGAAAUAAUUUGUACGACGCUGAAUACAUACGAUAUUUUACUGGUAUUAAUACAAUUGUUUUACCGUCUAUAUGUAAUUAUACGAAUGUCGUCUAUAAUCCGUCAGACACACAUCGUGAAUAUAUUUUUGCUCCAUCAAGUUUAUCUGUCGAAUACAAUAAAGAAUUUCUUGACGAAUUAAAUUUUUCAAUAAAAAGAUUCAAUGCAUCAAUAAUCGUUAAGCCUCUACGUCAACUGUACAGAUUUUAUCGUUAUGAAAAUCUUGUUCGUCAUCCAGCUAUAAUCUAUUUACCGUAUCAAGUAUCAAUAAUGAGUAUAUUCGAACAAUAUUCAAUGAAUAUUCCACUUUUUUUCCCAUCACUUGAUCUUUUAACUGAUUUGCAUGUCAAAUACUGUGUAGUGCGCGAACGAACAUGGGAUACAACUUUAAGUGGUACUAUUAGAAAUUCGUCCGCUAUACCAAGCUAUUAUACAAAUGUCACUAUUCCCGAUCCAAAUAAUGAAGUUGAUUAUUCGGCCAUACAUUAUUGGUUAAAAUAUGCUGAUUUUUAUCAAUGGCCACAUAUAACUUAUUUUAAUUCAAUUGAUGAUCUUACUUCAAAAUUAAUACAUACAAAUUUAACAUUUAUCAGUGAACAAAUGUUAGAAUAUAAUCAUAAGAAAAAAUUCGAAUUACUCCAACGUUGGAAAAUAAUCCUGAAUCGUCUAUCUACAUCAUCAUUUUUUUUAAGAAAAAAAAAACAAAACAAUUCCAAAUAG